AAUGUUUCAUUCUCAUUUUUUUUAACAUUUUAGAUUCUAUUUCCUUUUUUUUCUGUGAAGAAUUCUCAGUGUGUCCUCAUUUUAAAUUUUUUUUUUUUUUUUACCACAAUGACUUAGGAAUAAAUUCAAAAGUUGUAAGGGGAAAAAAGUCUUUAGGCAAGGUUAAAGUUCUUAAGUGAAUUCAAAGGUCCCAAAGUUUAGAUUGUUUUGUUGGGAAAAUAAUCAAUACUUUUGUCUAGUGACACUAAUGUUUGUAUCCUUUCUCAUUUGGCACGCCAAUGGAAUCAAACAAAUGUAAUAUAAACUUUUUUGAAUUAUUAUUGGUAAUCUCCACUGUGUUUACAUGUGCAAAUGCUUAAAUAAUAAGUGCAGAAACAUAGAGUUCAUAAUACUAAUGAAUCAAAGGUAGUCACAUUUAUUACUCCUCAAGCUGUUAAGAAGAGUCUUCCCUAAAGCUGCAGGGAGGUAUUAAUCAAAAGAGAGACGCAACUGCUCUUCAGAAUCUAAAAAUAACCAACAGCCUUUGUGCAUGAAGUGGUAACUUUUGGCACACCGUUCAAACACAGGGCUCCAUAAAGAUUCUGUUGGCUGAGUCUGUGCGUGUGGGGAGACAGCAGAGCAGAGCCAGCUCUGGUGGGGAUGUGGCUCACAGACUGUGCUGCCUGGUGCCAUGUCAUGCUCUAGAGGAAGGACAGUGUGCACAGCCAUCUGUCCUGAAGUUACUGCUGCACGCCUAAAGAUCAUAUACUAGAGACAAUGGAGAGGCCUUCCUUGGAAUUUAAGCUGCCUGAUACUCAUGAAGAAGGAAAACUUUAUGUGGUUGAUUCCCUAAACAACCUAAACAAGCUAAAUGUUUGUCCAGCUGAAUCCCAGCGCUCACUAGAUGAGGAAGACAACACUGGUGGUACUGGAGAAAGUAUGGCAGGGAGCCACACAAGCAACCAGCGUUUGUUCCUCGUCACCUUUGUCCUUACUUUGACAGUCAGUUUGGCGCUUGUUUCAUUUGUAAUAUUCUUAAUAUUUCAAACUAGAAAUGAGGUGGACCAAAUAUCAAGCAGACUACUAUCUGAAAAGAAGAACAUAGAAGAGCUGAAGAAACUUAACAAUAUUAUAUUAAAGCAUCUGAAUCAAUCCAGAAUUAAGGAAAAGCCUUCUGAUCUUCAUGCUUACUUCUUUACCCAUGCUGAGCUCAAAGUCCCUGGAGAAUAAAUCUUCUUUGGGAAGAAAUUCAGCAUAUUCAUAACUCAGACAUGUUCACAUAUGGCACACAGGCUGCUGAAACAUGGUUCCUGAAACAUUGCUGGAAAAGCCAGCUGAAUGAAAAAUAUUAGCAAUUAGUACUUUACCCUGUUUUACGUGGGCAUAGAUUUGUAAUACCAAGCCCAUAGGAUUCACAAUAAACAAUGGAUUGUCAGCUUGGGGCAAAACUACCAGAUUCCCUGUGCAUUAAGAAUCACAGGGGUAAGGGCCUAGUUUUGCUUUAAAAGUAAGUCAAUGAUCACAGAAAAUCACGAGUUCUAUUCACAUGAUUCCAGUAUGACCUUGUUCACUUAAUCAUUCUUCUGUUACCUUUGUACAAGCUUUCUGUUUGUUUCUAUUGCUAUUUGUAUUUAAAGAUAACUUCGGAUUUCAUAACUUAUAAAUGAAUCCAUUUCUGGCCUAUAAUUUUGUGGUUUUCCCUUCUGUGCAUCUAAAUGUACUGAUAUACUACUGUUUUUGUGAAACAAACCACCUACACUUGAAUAACAACAAAGCCUUUCAUAAGAUGCCAUAAUCAGCCCAAAUUUGUAUUGACAGAGUGAGUGUCCUAUUGGCUGACAUGAAAAAUGUGUUUAGAGGACUCAGUCUGGUAAAGUCACAGCAUCAUCACAGCCACUCUAUCUCAUAGCAAUGCCAAUACACUGUACUCUCAAUCUGCAGGUGAAGCCCAAGUGUUUUUAUGAAGUGAUGUGGGGAAAACACUACUUGUUUUUGUACUCUUCCCUGUAGUUUCUGCUGGUCACCAUCAGAGAAGGGCCAGAUGAAAUAUGGUUGGAACCUUCAUGGAUUUAAUGUCGAGAGAUUAGGGGAUAAAAGGAGCCACCCUCUCUGAAUUCACACUGUUGUGGAGACAGACACCUAAAAUUGUGAUCACAUAAGGGACUGCUGGGUACCUUUGUAAUUUUUUUAGUAUUCAAAGCCUUCUACUGAAAUAUACAUUAACAAGGCACCUCUGUAAUCAAGGAAUAAAUUGGUUACUCUCAUCAUGACAGUGGAAUGGCAGCUGACACUGUGGAAUGUGUCUAACAUCUUUUGUUUUACCAAAAGUUCUCAACCUCAUCCAAUUCUUUCUUAUUUUUUCUGGACAGUUUUACAAAAAACUCACCAAACUCAAUGGCUAGCAUUGCAGUCUUCUUUUCCAGAAUUCAUGAUAGUCCUUUCUGGGAUGACUACUCCAUUGUCUGCAACAAAGGAGAACUAAGUCCAGGAGAAUUUCUUGGUGUCACUCUACCUGGAUUUGCCCACCAAUUCUAUUCCUGUUAUGAAUGCUUUCCUUUACACCUAUGUUUUACAUCACCUUCUUACUAUUUCCUGAUUUUUAUUUUCCUGAUGUAUUACUGUCAAGUUAUUAACAUGAAAAUAGUGAAGGUUUUGGUUUCAAGAGUUCAUUACUCCUGCUGUUACUUCCCAGCUGCAAUUUUAGUUAUCUCCUCUGGACAUCACAAGUAGUUUUUACAAAGGUGACUCUUAAUACAGCUAUCAGAGAAUGAAAAUAUAAGUGUAGAAAACUUGUAAGGAAAGGAACCCUGAAAGUCUAACCCAAACAUCUUUCUGUAAAUGCUAUUAAAUGAUAAAGGAAAGGUAUCUUAAGAAUAAAAUCAUGACACUUGCAGUGUUGCUUCUCAGUACUUCUCUGAGCUGUCACCUGCUUUUUAGCGACAGUGUUAAUUUCUCAUCUCUCCCCAUUGUAGCUGCUGUAACUGCUCUCAAGCUCCUGCCUCACAUUGACACACAUCCAUACUUGUAAGUCAGGGAGAAGCACUAGUAUUUGGCACUCAGUGUAUCUCAAAUGUAGAUUUGUCACAUCCCUCAUUACAACAGCAGUUAUCAGAGCAGUCUGUGGUCCACUAAAACUGAUACCAAGAGCCAAGAGAUUUUUUUUUUCCUGGCAGGAAACUGUAAAAAAAAAAAAAAAAAAAGCGUGCUAGAGCAGCAGUCCCCAAAGGUAUGAGAGUUUCCUCAUCUCUCUGGUGUUGUCCUCAAUUAUUCUUAAUCUGGUUGUUCAAUCAGUACUCAUAAUAAAUCCGCUUUUUCUGUCUCUGC